GAAUCCUCUCUCCCAAUUCUUCAAAGAAACCAGAGUGAAAAAAAAGCAGGAAUACCAGUUCUUCAAAGAAACCAGAGAAAACCAGUCUCUCCCAAAUCUUCAAAGAAACCCGAGAAAAAAGAGCAGGAAUACCAGUUCUUCAAAGAAACCAGAACAGAACCCUCUUAACAUGGGAAACUCAAACAAAUUGCAUCUCCAACCCCUCCGUGAGGGUGUCAAUCCGGGCUUCUGGAACGUAGUGGUAGGAGAGCUGUAUAGAGAAAGACAAUCUGCUGCUCCAAUUCUUCAUUUCGAGAUGGAGCUAGGACAGAUUUGGACCAACGACUCAGAGCACCGAAGAUUGCGGCGAUGGCAACAACAGCGGCAUCGACGAUGGAUGGCGGCAGCGGCGACCAGCAAGAACUCACGGCAACCAGCAGUGACUCUCAGUCAAUUUUGUUCCUCGUCAUCCUCUCAUUCCCAGUCUUCGUCGUCAUCGGAAUCAAGGAGGGACACCACAUGGUCACAAUCGAUCUUCCCAACGAGUGACAACUCAUUCUGGAACUCCCGCUCACCCUGUAGAGUCGGAAUCCAUAAGCUUAAAGGCGAUUUCUUGACAGCAACAGGUUCUGGUUACUGGAAGGCCACUAGAAUUGAUAGGAAAAUCGUAGCUUCUAAAACCAACCACGUAGUAGGGACAAAGAAGACCCUGGUUUUCUACAGGGGAAAGCCUCCUUACGGGUCUAGAACCAAUUGGAUCAUGCAUGAAUAUCAUCUGGCUGGCUCUGACUCUGCAAUUGUUCCCUGCAUUUUCCCACAAAAGAAAAACCCAACCCAAAUUGUACCAUGCAAAUGGAAGAUUGGGUUGUAGCAUAUUUUUGAAGAGAAGGAGUACUAAAAAUGAUGAUGAGAUCUUCUCCCAACCUUUAAAGGAGAACAGAGUUAAGAAUACCUUUUGUUAUGAUGAGA